AUGGCCCUACAGGACGCCUACGUGAUCCAGCCGGAGCGAAACUGGGAGGAGCAGAUGUUCUACGAUAAAGAAGACACUAGAGGUGUAGACGACUUUAUUGCUUGGAUUACUGGCCCGCGAAAUAAAGAGAUCAAAAGAAUUGCUUCAGAGGGUGUGGAGGAGGAAGCAACAGACUACUUGACAGCACUCAAGAAGAAACACAGCAAGACUAUGGACGAUGCGAAAUACGCCGGCACGCUUUUAGGAAAGGGCAACGACCAUGCUAUCGUCGUCGUGGAAGGAAGUGAAGACGUGGACAGCAUCAAGUCAUGGAUGGAGAAACGAAGAGGACCACCGAGAGAGAUGACCCCAGACCUCGACUCAAGGCCACCAAGCUCAGAUCUUAGUUCGAUCGUGACAAUAAGAGACGAGAUGGAUCUGUCGUCAUAA